AUGCCGCUCGUCGAUCCCGUCACCAUGUCGUCGACACUCACCAAGGGAUCUUCGACCCAGAGCAUCGAUGCGGCGAACCGGAUAGCUGCAAUCAACCCGGUCCUCGUCCUCGACUCGCCCCUGGCGAAGCGCCUGGCAUGGGCCCGUCCCGCUGUUCUCCUGGCACUGCUCGCCGUCCGCUUCAACGCACUCGUGGCCGAACCGGUGGCGACACUGCAGUACGCCCUACCCGUCGUUGUCGGCAUCCAGUCGGCGUAUGCGAUACUCUGUCUCCCCGUCGCCGGCUCGCAGCCGCCCAAGAAGGCUCGACGGGGCGACAAGAGGAAGGGGAGCGAGGUGUCGGGUCCGAACCCGAUCUCGGCUGCCAUUCUAUCCCUCGUCUUGACCAUCAUCACCAUGCCGGCCGUCCAUGUCCUCUUCGUCCUCUUCGGUGCGCCUUUCCUCGACCACAUGCCGCAUACGCUGCUCUGCUCGGCGCACUUUGCGCUGCUCGCUUUGUUCCCGACCGUAUACGCGCGCGGCGUCGACGGCAGAGCUCUCAUCGCCGUGGCGGGCGCGUCGGCGCCCCUGGAUGAAACGUUUGGCAGCCUCGUCGGCGCGGCCGUCGGCGCGUGGCUAGGCGCCGUGCCGAUCCCACUGGACUGGGAUCGGGAGUGGCAGAAGUGGCCUGUCACCAUCGUCGUCGGCAUGUACCUCGGCUCCUCGCUGUGCAGCUGGGCCGGGGCUGCGUUCCAUGGGACGACGUUCGGCGGGCGUGCGACAAAGGACGACUGA